AUGAAGACUGCAUGGGUUGCCGUGCUCCUGGGUGUUUUGCUCCAAGGACAGUCCAGUGUAGCAGAAAAGAAAGACCACCCCAGCCACGACGUGACCUGCCAGACAAUCCCCCGAAACUUCCUCGUCAAUCCGUCUUUCGAGACUGGCGAUACCAGCCCAUGGGUGAAAUUUGAUAGUGAGAUUUGCUCGCUACCGCUCGUCGUUAGCGACUCUUCGGAUGAUGGGAAAUUCGUCAUGAAGAUCGGACCAGCCGGUGGCUACUGGACAGCACAACAGACCGUGACAGAAUUGACAAUUGGCACGAAAUACACCUUGUCCUUCGACUAUAAACCUACUACCUCUGGAAAGUUCGACUUGUUCAUUGAAGAAAACGGCCAUCUGCUGGCGAGUGCGGCCUCGGUUUACAAGCAUGGGGCUCACUGGAAGACCAUCUCCGGUACUUUCAAGGCGACCGAGACCGAGCAUCGAGUGGCAAUCUUGAUCUGGUCCGAGGGAGGAAUUCUGGAAAUUGACAAUGCCAAGUUGAUUGGUCCUGAGAAGACGGAGGUGUGCCCGACCAGCAGCAUCAGCUCAACUGUGGAUGUGACUCCGACUUCCUCGGUGAUUCCUUCAUCAAUUGCACCAUCAAGCACGCCCGCCCAGUUUAUUCCUUCAAGCGCUGUCGCAUCUUCAUCGCCAAUCCAGUCUAUCUCAAGCGUAGCGCCCACCUCCACUCCUCUGAGACUAUCAUCGACCCCAUUGGUAUCGAUCCAACCUUCGACCAUUGUCUCGUCGCAGGUCAUUCCCUCGUCCAGUCCCAUUUCCUUCUCUAGCAUCCCCAUCUCGGUACCAAGCUCGGUCUCUCCUUCAGUGAUCCCUUCGGUGAUCUCCUCCUCAGCAGUACCAUCGUCUGCAGUAUCGUCAUCCGUAGUUGGAUCAUCGCCGUAUCCGAUCAGUUCUACGCCUCUUUCGAGGAGACCCAUCUCCACCACCCCCUCGCCUGUUCUCCCAUCGUCCACUCCUUCAUCUGUGCCUCUAGAGUCUUCUACCGCUCUGUCUUCAUUGAGCUCUUCAGUUCCUCAGGCAUCUUCCCCAUCUUCCACAGUACCUCCGCCAGGUUUCACCACUUCCACAAUUCUCAGCACCCAUACUGCAACCAUCACUGCCUGCCCAUCCACGGUUCCUGAUUGCCCUGCUUCCGAAAAGUCCACCUUUGUGACUACAGAGACCAUUGUCGUUGCUACCACCGUUUGCCCUAUCACCGAGACUGCUAAGCCUACGGCUACGGGUACUAAGGGCAACGGUGUUCCCCCAGUGGCGUCCACCACGUCCACUGUCUUCAGCACUCGCACUGCCACGAUCACUGCAUGCCCGUCCAGCGUGGUGGAUUGCCCUGCGAGACAGAAGAGCACGUACGUCACUACUGAAACCAUUCUGGUUUCUACCACUGUGUGCCCUGUCGCAGCUUCAGAGGUCACAUCUACUGCUGGAGUUGGUUCGCAGCCGCAUGGUUCUAAUGGAGAAUCGCGUCCUAGCGUCUCCACUUCAACUAUGUUAACUACCAGGACGGCCACAGUGACUGCAUGCCCAUCAACGAUCACCAAUUGCCCUGCAUCCGUGAAGAGCACCAUUGUCACUACUGAGACACUGGUCGCGUCUACAGUGCUCGUCACGAUUGAGGCAAAGCCGACUGCCACAGGUGCCUUGACAUCUCUCCCGGCCGCGGUUACUAGCGGAGCCUCUGGCUCAACCAGUGGAUCUUAUGGCUCAAGCAACGGCGCCGGAUCUGCCUCUUCCGGAAACAAUGCCAGCGGCGUCGCCGCUCUCCAGUCAGGAGCACCGACCUCGGCUACUACUUUCCACCGGGCAUCCUCUUCUCCAGCCUCAGUCAUGGCGUCAAGUGUCCGCCCCAGCUCAACUGCCUUGUCUGCUUCCCAAAAGACUAGUGCAGCAAGUGGAACUGCCACUGCUUCCGGGCCUGCCUUUACCGGUUCUGGAUUCUCGGUCUUGAAGAUGAUUCCCGUCUAUGAUAUGUUGCUGUUGUUGGUUGUCUCUAUGUUCUUCCUUUCUUAG